CGUCCCUACAUGGGACAAAGGUCCCAGUUGAUGUAUCGAAAAAUCUUAGAGUCUGAUACAUUGCCCGUCAUGCAGGAGAAGACUGGAGAUCACUGGCCAGGAGUUUAGGAGCAGAGUGAAGUGAGGUAGCUAGAGCUUGCUCAGAGAUGCGGAUAUGAACGAACAUAUGUGAGGUCAAGGUGGGUCAGACUGCAACAUAUGUGGGAUCAAGGUGGGUCAGACUACAACAUAUGUGGGGUUGGGGUGGGUCAGCCUCCUCAUAUUCACCUCUGAACAUGAGGAGUGUCGGUCAGUCUGAAAGCGUAACGUCGGUACCAGAGGGGUGGCUGGAUCACGGUUUUCUGACACCGGGUGUAGAUGCUGUAACGUCCAUAACACGAGCGCAUGUCCUGUUUAUGCCUCCAAAUUCACGAUACAACAGAAUUCGCUCGGUCGCAAGUAUGUAUAUAUUGACCUGGCGACUAGUAAAAUAGUACUCCAGCUCUGGAGCACUCGUAGCAAGUACCACCGGCAGAGAGCUAGCAGUGGCACGAGCCAACCGGAUUCGCUUCAUAUCCUUGUCCCAACAGCCAGGCAGACGAGCAGCAACAGCGAGGUAGGUGCUGAUUAUCUAUAGAGAGACCGCGGCCAGUGAUGGACGACUUCACCUUCCCUACAACGGCCGCCGCGGCAGAGCAUGCGGAGCCACUGUUCCUACAUCACCACCACCGCCUUCUCCCCUUCCCCCACUUCGCCUCCUCGCCGCUCUGGUUUCCCGGCGACGGCGUCGCCGUUACACCGGUGGUGGCCGUGGUGAGCCGCCGAGCCGUCGACGGCAUGGAAGAGCAACAGCCCGCGUCGUCGGACUCGGCCGCCGGACGACGGUCCAAGGGGGAGAGGGGAGGAGAAGCGGAUGAAGGGGCGGUCGUGCGCGCUGCCAGCGCGGACGGCGAGGACAAGAUGGACAUGCUGUGGGAGAACUUCAACGAGGAGCUGGAGGCGCUGCGGCGCGCCGGUUCUUGCCCGAAGAAGACGGCGGCGGCGUGCGGGCUGGACGAGCUGUCGGACACGGAGUCGGAGGCGGGGGAGCGCGGGCGCGGGUGCGCACCGAUGCUGCGGGCGUCGUCGAGGGCCGGCGGGACGGGGCAGUACUACCGCCGGAGCGGCAGCUGGGUGCUGCUCAUGAGGAUCUUCAAGAGGCUCUUCGUCGUCGAGAAGACGGCCGUCUCCGCCGCGCAUCGGCGCCGCUAGGCCAAGGCAGCAGAGUGAUGCGUACAUGCACACAGCACACGUACAGCAUGCACAAUCGCCCGAGGCAUCCCUGUGAUGCAAAUGCCGAGUAAGUUAAGUUAUACUAGACGGACAUGAGUUGAUUAAGCGUUCAUGAUGGGUGUAACUAGAGUCCAUCGGAUAUAGAGGAAUUCAGCAUAUAUCACUCCAUUGUUUUGCAUCAUCAUCGUUCCUAGCUACUCCUUUUGUUUCUGUAAAAUAUAUAGAAAGUCAAGGUCCGUGGAGAUUCUUUUGUAUUUACCCACUUGUCACUAAGCCAGGAGAUGUGUCCUGUCAUGAAUCACGAUCUUGUGGUAAAUUAUACUAGUAUGAGUUAUUAA